CGAUGAUGUGUGGGAUAUGCUUUGCCGUCACUGGGCUACGGAUGCCUCAUUUUUGCUGAGAAGCGAAACGGCCAAGGCAAACCGGAACUCCGAGAAAGCCAAGGAAGUUCAAUGGCACGGGGGCCGCAAACCCCAAAUUCAACAUAAAAAAGAUUUGGAAGGAUCUGGACCCGUGAAAAAACGGGUCACGCCAUUGAAACUCAUGGCACAUUGCUGGACGAAGAAGGGUGCCAUACCGCCUCCCCGCCUUUCUGAAAUUGAAAAAAAAUAUGAGGAAGAGCGGGGGAAGAGAGUUGAUGAGCUGACUGAUUCUGAUGACGAAUUUGAUGAAAAUCAAGAAUAUGAGGCCAUCUUGGCGGCAAUCAGAGUUUACAAGGGCCGGGUGCCGCUUAUGGGUUCUGAAGGCGUACGGAUCCUAGAGAAGGCCAAAGGAGCUAGCUCAUCUUCUCAUUCGGCAUAUGAUGAUCGGGUUACCCGCCUCGAGAAACUAUUGGAGGAACGUGAAGCCGAGGCUCGAAGGCGGGAUGAAGAAGCUCGGAUACGUGAUGAAGAGCAAAGAAGAACAAGAGAAUAGUUGGAAGAGAUGGAACGCCAAAUGCGUAUUUUCAACGCCACCUACCGUCCAUCCAUGCACAUACAGCACCCCGAGAUGACCCCACAAGUUCCCUUCGCGGGCAAUAUGGGCAGUAUGGGCAGUAGGGGUUUUGCUGAUUAUAGCCAUAUCUCCAACAACUUUCCGUAUGGAUAUUAUGACGAUAUCCCGACUCCCGGAGCUCAAGCUUACCGUGGCAGCAGCCGUGCUGACAGCCGCAGUGGCAGUCGAGGCAGCCAUCGUGGUGGCAGCCGUGGCCACGGAAGGCAACCCGAUCAUCGUGACGAACCUGAUGAUGCUGAUGCUGAUUAUGA